GUGACGUCAGACGCACGACGUGCUGACGCUUCAGUGACGUGGACGCGCAGCGCGCCUUGGUUUAAAGUCCCGGGAACAGAAACCGGCGGAGGAGUCGGUGACACGUUGAGAGACCGGGGACAGAGACCGGGGACAUGUCCACAGACAGCAUGCCUCUGCAGGACCUGCCCUGCCUCAGUCUUCAGGGCUCCAUGUUGUGUCAGAGGACGAACAAGCGCAGGUCCAGAUGUGGAGUGAGCGAGGGCCUGGAUGCAGAGUGCACCCCCACAGAGCUCAUCCAGCUGUGCUCCCCCCGACACAAGCUGCAGCGGCUCUGCAGCAAAGAUAAAGAGAACGACUGUGGACCCUUCGUCCUGGCUCGGAGGUCGAGGAGGAAGAAGGAGUCUUCUUCAGGAAUUUCAUGGGACCAUUUACCAGACGAGCUGCUUCUCAAGAUCCUGCUCUACCUCCCUCUGCAGGAGCUACUCAGGAUGUCCACUGUCUGCAAGCGCUGGCACCGAUUAGUGUUUGACGAGUCUCUGUGGCACAGCGUGGAUCUGGAGGGCUUGACUCACGGGGGAGCGGCUCUGCAACAGGUUCUGAACACCGGCGUCCGCAGGCUGCGCUGCCCUCGCUCCUUCGUGGAAGAUCUUCUCUUCACAGCCUCCGGCCCGCUGCAGAUCGUUCAGUUGGACCUGUCCAGUUCCAUCAUCCCCACCUCCGCUCUAGAGAGCGUCGUCUGUCAGUGCAGGAUGUUGGAGUAUCUGAGUCUGGAGGGGCUGCAGCUCUCAGACGCCAUCAUCAACUCUCUGGCGAUGAACGUGAACCUGCUGCAGCUCAACCUGAGCGGCUGCUCCGGCUUCUCUGCUGCCGCUCUGGCCAACAUGUUCACAUCCUGCUGCAGGAUCGAGCAGCUGAACCUCUCGUGGUGUGAAUUCACCAGCGACCACGUGAAGAGUGUCGUCAAUAACCUGGGCUCCAGUGUCACUCACCUCAACCUCAGUGGUUACAGAGAAAGUCUCUCGCUCGACGAUGUGAAGGUUCUGGUGGGGAGAUGUCCUCAAAUUCAGACUUUAGAUUUAAGCGACAGCACUCUGCUGAUGGCCGACAGCUUCCCUGUGCUCGCUCAGCUCAAGUAUCUGCUGCAUCUGUCCCUGAGUCGCUGUUACCACAUUCACCUCGCCGCGCUCACGGACCUGGGGAAGACGUUCCCCCUGCUCGGCCUCCUGGACGUCUUUGGCCUGGUACACGACGGCCACCUGCCGUCUCUGAAGAAAGAGCUGCCGCGCGUCAGCAUCAACUCCAGGCCUUUCUCCAGCACCGCCCGGCCCACGCCCAGCAGCAGGCUGGCCGGCUCCCUCAGCGAGCGCACCAUGUGGAGCAGCAUGUGUCGGCUGAGGUUCAGGGCGCAGUGAUCCUGUCCUCUGGGUCAGUUUGACGCAGCAGUAUUUCCACACAGGGAGUCCAGCCUGAUGUGACGGAGCAGUUUGCCCGACGUUAACGGUGCUAAAGGUCACAGACUGGACCACGGCGCUGAGUGCUGACCACGCCGGCGCAGGGAGAAACGCCUUUAUCCAGGAACGUCGAACCCGUUGGUGUUUUAAUGAGUUAACAGAAAGUUUUAUGAAUGUUUGGGACGGUUGAAGCCUCAGACGAGUUCAUGUGAUGACAUCAGGAGAGCGGGUUCAUCAGAAGUUUUUUAAUGUGAAAUGAUGUUUGAUCUGUGGAUUUUCUUAAUGGUGCUCACUGUUGUAAAGAUGUAGCUGAACUGUUUGUGAUCAUUCAUGUACGUUUCACCCUUCAGGGGAUUUUAUGAUCAUCUCAUUAUGUCAGUGGAGUUUUGCUCCACUUUACCAUUUCAUUCAAAACUCCUGCAGUGAAAUCAAUGAAAGUUUUAACUUGUAAACUGUUCAUUUAAAGUAAAUCACUGAAUUACACUAAAA